AUGUUAAGAGAAAUAAUUGCCAAUGGAAAGAUUAGCCAUUCACCGGAAUUAAAAUGAUCAAUUCCACUUUAUUUCGAUCCUCUUAACGGGGAGUCGACUUUUCUAAUCAGGCAGGUGUGAUUGCCUUAUCACAAUUUUCCGCGUUAAAUGCUUCGGUUGACCUUGGCCUCGAAAUGGAAUACUUACGGAAUCUGGCAUGAUUCCCGAAGAAAAGAGACCUCAGCUGUAUCAAUACAAAGUCUAAUCACGAUUUUCUAAAAUCUCCUAAAUAUAUUUAUUCCAGUAAAGAACGAAAGAAAUCAUUUUUUUUUCCUCAAAAAAAUGAAAUCUCGUGAACUUCAAGAUCUUCGUUAAGACCUCCUUGAUCACGUGUUAAAGUUUCAUAUUAUCCAGGGCACUCAUUUAGGAGAAAAGAUUUAUAAGCAUUAUAAUAUGUAUAGAAUGACCCUUUCAUAUCACCUUAAUAAUAUAAUUAGUGUAUAAUUAUUCAUUUUUAUGUCACCUUGUAUGUAACAUCGGAAUAUACGCUUGUAUAGCCGACUCUAGACAUGUCAAGAGUACGCGAUAAACAUUCAAGGUCUGUCGAGCUGUUUCAACCGCCUUGCUCUUCGAGAGCCAUUAAAUUGUCAUUAAACUGACCGUCAUCGAGGUCAUCUAGAAACAGCCUGUGUCAAUGGUCACAUGGACAAGUGUUAAAUCGGCAAUCAGCGCGGUCGAUAAUCGAUAUUCGAUUGCAGUCGCACUUAUAGUUCGGCUUCGCCUUUCGGAUGGUCAGUGGGAAAUUCAGUCGCGGAUUGACGGAUCCUCGAAGACGAUGUCAACGUACUUUCUGGACCCCCGAGGAGUCUUGACAAUUGUCAUCGCUUCUGUCAUCUUCGGGGAUGCUGUCAACGCGGAGCGCAAGAGUGUCGAAAAGUGCAAGGAGUACUCGAAGCUGGUCUACGUGGAGGAAGUCUCUCCUGUCCUCCGAUUAGGAACGGCCUCGAAGAGGGUUUCGAAAUGCACCACAAACAAAACCCCACUGAUCGUCGGCGGCGAAAAAGCGACACCUGCGGAAUUUCCGCACCAGGCUGUUAUCGGCUUCGGAAGCGGAACAGACAAGGCUUGGGAUUGCGGAGGUUCAAUUAUCUCCGAAAGUUACAUCUUGACUGCAGCGCAUUGUCUGGAGUCCUCGGAAGGGAACCCUGCAGCCGUUGUCCGGGUUGGCCUGACGAACCUGAAGAGCCCCGAGAGUACAAUGCAAGAGAGAAAAGUCAUGGAGAAGAUCAUUCAUCCCGACUAUCGGUUACCGUCCAAGUACAACGACAUGGCAUUGUUAAAAUUGGAAAAGCCUCUUCUCCUCGACCACAACGUAAGGCCGGCUUGCCUCGAGGUCGAGGCGGAGACCUCGAAGUACGGGAACAAAGCUGUGGCUUCAGGCUUCGGGAAGACUUCUAAUGACGAGACGGAGGGCAGUCCGGACCUGAUGAAGGUGCAGCUGGACUACGUGUCGAGGGAGGUCUGCGAGGAGCUCUUCAAGACUGAGAUAGGUGGAAGUCAACUCCCAGAAGGGAUGAUCCCCUCUCUUCUCUGCGCAGGCGUGCUGGCAGGAGAGAAGGACACUUGCCAGGGCGACAGCGGAGGUCCUCUUCAGCGCAUCCUGGACACUCCUUACUGCAUGUACAGCAUCGUCGGGGUUACGAGUUUCGGUCGUUUCUGCGCCUCGAAGGACUCCCCAGGGAUCUACUCCCGGGUCAGCUCGUAUCUGGACUGGAUCGAGAGCAUCGUCUGGCCGUAGCCUCGGGGAAGCUGAAGAGAGUAUUUAAAGAUCACCAGGAACCUAGAGGAGCGAUAUAGCGUGAUAAUAAAAAGGUCUUAUCUACCCUUGAACCGCGUCGACCGGAAGGGUCGUCAAAAAUUCUUGAUCGAGGUCAUAAGUCGACUGGUUCCAAUCAGCGAGGUCUUGAGGUCGAUAAGAUGUGAAGAUUGAUUUUAGAUGCGAAGGUCGACCUUAAGGGCGAAAAUUGAUCUUAGAUGCGAAGGUAGACCUUAAGGGCGAAAAUUGAUCUUAGAUGCGAAGGUAGACCUUAAGGGCGAAAAUUGAUCUUAGAUGCGAAGGUCGACCUUAAGGGCGAAAAUUGAUCUUAGAUGCGAAGGUAGACCUUAAGGGCGAAAAUUGAUCUUAGAUGCGAAAGUCGACCUUAAGGGCGAAAAUUGAUCUUAGAUGCGAAGGUCGACCUUAAGGGCGAAAAUUGAUCUUAGAUGCGAAGAUCGACCUUAAGGGCGAAAAUUGAUCUUAGAUGCGAAGGUCGACCUUAAGGACGAAAAUUGAUCUUACAUGCGAAGGUCGACCUUAAGGGCGAAAAUUGAUCGUAGAUGCGAAUGUCGACCUUAAGGGUGAAAAUUGAUCUUAAAUGCGAAUGUCGACCUUAAGUGCGAUGCUUGUUUUAGAUGCGAAGGUUGACCUUAAGGGCGAAAAUUGAUCUUAAAUGCGGACAAGAAGUCUCUUCCUUAAAAACGACUCAGCCGAAUCAUGUAUUUCGUCGACAGCCUCGACAACGCUUCUCCUUUACAGACUACGGAAAAAAAAAAUAACUCGAGUAAAAUUGGCUACACCGUUUUCGAUAAAUCCGUGGAAACGGAUUCAAAAGACUUUUCUAAUGGACGCUCAAUUAAUCGCUAGAGCUCCAAUUAAACUGUGCAGAUUGCAAAUCGCUGCGAGUUUUUCGUCUCACGUGGGGCCACCUUUACACCUGUCGCGCACAUGGAGAUCUUCCGGAUACAUAUACACGCGACCACGUACACACAUACACCCACAUACAUAUUUAUGUAUAAAACAGAAGAAACACAAGGGACGCACUUAUCAAUUGUCAUUGUUGAACUUGUGUCUCCCUAAAGGUGGCCACUCACGUACCGAUGAAUUUAGAAAAAAAUUCGAUCUGCAGAUUUAACCGACGCGUGGCCCUUAUUAAACUCGAGUUAACUGUACAAGUUGUAAAUAACUAGAGAUUAUCGUCAUACGAUGUAACCGCCUUUGCAUAAACGCGCGUAUUUGUAUAUGUAUAAAAAAGGGAAGAGAAAGAAAUUGGGAUCGUUCAUCAAUUAA